GGCGAACGCAAAUUCAGAACUUCCGUUUACCAACUCAUCUUAGAAAAAGGUCUUUUAAAUUAUGUCUGAAUCCUGGGAUAACGUUACAAAGAUUGGUAGUCGCGCCGGACCUGGUGCUCGCACCCACGUUGCCAAGACACAAUCUCAAAUCAAUAGUGCUCGUCGUGCCGGAGCCGUCGUUGGCACUGAAAAGAAAUAUGCCACCGGCAAUCGUGCCCAAGAUCCUGCUGGACAACACUUGACGAAGAUAGAUCGUGAAAACGAGGUCAAGCCUCCAUCUACUACCAACCGUUCUGUCGCUCAAGCUCUUCAACAGGGACGUCAAACGAAGGGUUGGGCUCAAAAGGAUUUGGCUCAAAGAAUCAACGAAAAGCCUCAAGUCGUCAACGACUACGAAGGUGGACGUGCUAUUCCUAACCAACAAGUUUUAACCAAGAUGGAGCGAGCUUUGGGCAUCAAAUUGCGUGGCCAAAAUAUCGGUGCUCCUUUGGGUGGCCCAAAAAAGAAGUAAAAUAGAGAAAACCCCUUUUUGUUGGAGUGGCGUAGCCAUUGAAAAAAGAUGAAUACUGCCCUGUCUAACUAAAAAAAAGAAAAGAGUUAAAGAAGCUUAUGUAUUUUUUUUUCCUUUGUUUAAUGAUUUUAAAUAUUUAUGUCCC